CAUUUGUUUCGUUCUCAACUCUGCAUUCUGCUUCAACAUCCAAAUCCCUGCGUUGCUCUUAAAAAACAAUGUUUUCUUUUAUUUAAAUCUGGGUUUUUGCUUAAACCAAACUAGAUAUAUCAGCAUUAUCCAAUUUGGUGUAGUAUAAUUGUAGGAAAAUGGGGUCUUUAUGUUAUUUGCAUUUUUAAGCCAAAUAUGCCACUCCAGCAGAUCAAUGUUUCUCCUCUGGGAGAUUAUCCCAACCCACAGGACUACUACCAACCUGGGGGCGGCACGGCGGCCAAACGCUGCGACUCAGCCGCGUCGUCUGUGACGGCCUCGUCACUGGCGACCAGUGGAGGCGGUGACAUGUGCCGCAUCUGUCACUGCGAAGGUGACAGCGACGCCCCCCUAAUUGCACCCUGCUACUGCGCUGGUUCGCUGCGCUUCGUGCACCAGCAAUGCCUGCAGCAGUGGAUCAAGUCCUCCAAUAUUCGCAGCUGCGAGCUGUGCAAGUUUCAGUUCAUCAUGCAGACCAAGGUCAAGCCGUUCAGUGAGUGGGAACACCUGGAGAUGUCGGGCUUCGAGCGGCGCAAACUGUUCUGCGCGGUGAUGUUCCACGCGGUGGCGCUGACGUGUGUGGUGUGGUCACUGUAUGUGCUCAUAGACCGGACGGCCGACGAGAUCCAGAAUGGUCUCCUCGAGUGGCCAUUUUGGACCAAACUGGUGGUCGUAGCCAUUGGCUUCACCGGCGGCGUCGUCUUCAUGUACAUCCAGUGCAAGGCCUAUCUCCAGAUCUGCCAGCGAUGGAAGGCGUUCAAUAGAUGCAAAAGAAAGCUGUUCGUGUUUUGGAGGGCUUGCGGCCAUCCAAUUCAUUGGGAACACCUGGAGAUGUCGGGCUUCGAGCGGCGCAAACUGUUCUGCGCGGUGAUGUUCCACGCGGUGGCGCUGACGUGUGUGGUGUGGUCACUGUAUGUGCUCAUAGACCGGACGGCCGACGAGAUCCAGAAUGGUCUCCUCGAGUGGCCAUUUUGGACCAAACUGGUGGUCGUAGCCAUUGGCUUCACCGGCGGCGUCGUCUUCAUGUACAUCCAGUGCAAGGCCUAUCUCCAGAUCUGCCAGCGAUGGAAGGCGUUCAAUAGAGUGAUCUACGUACAGAACGCACCCGAGAAGCCAAGCCUAACUCCGUCGCGAAGCAGCGGCGGUGCAGGAGAGGGAUUGGUGGGGGUAGGUGGAGGGGAGCUGGCGUGUGUGGUUGCGCAGUCGUCCAAUGCGCAUGCGCCGUGCGCCGCCUAUCAGCCGCAACCGUUUAAGGCCUAUCGCGACGGUAUGCGAGAAAGGGAGGACAAUGAGGAAACGAGCAUUGAUCUGAAGGGGGUGCGCAACCUGCACAUCUUCUUCAAUGAUGAGAAACGCAUCCAGGUGCAGAAAGACAAAGCAUUGGAUCCCUCUGAUGGCACAGAGGUGAAUGGAGGGGGCGUGGACUGUUGUCAUGGCAACGGCAACAACGGUAACAGUCAACCAAUAGCAGGCAUCCCUGGUUGUUCUGGUGACAACCAUAACACUGGCACGUCUUGGCAUAUCAAGAUUGGUAAGUCGGGUGGGGAGACUAGUGACGACUACCAGGAUACCAUGAAAGAUGAUGAGGUGGCGCGACCUGCCAAUGGCGGAGGUGACCUGGAGUCACCAGUGCUCAAGCUGCAAAUCAAAAAGGCUGAAAUAGUUAUUAAAUUUGGGCAGAAGUCUACAUCGUCACCCAGCAACAAUAACAAUAGUAGUCAUAUAGGAGGUAGCAGUUCAACUAAUGGAGCAGGAGCGCCUGGUAUCAGUGUGUCAGCGACUCCUGGUAGCAGUGACAUGGUGCCACCCGAACAGGGCUUCAGUGAAGGUGGCAACACUGAGUCGUCAGUGAACAUUGAGAUUGACAGUUUGGAGAAGGACGGAGAUGACCCCAUUGUGAUCGAUCUAGUCCACCAGAACAACAGGUACCAGUUUCCCAGCACAGAAGAACCAGAGGUGGUGUCUAACAACUCUACAUCAUCAAACCCUGUUCAAAUAACGUUGGACUUUGGACGCAAGGAUAGUGGCAGCGAGGGUCGGUUGCCGGAAGAUGUGAGACUGCUACCAGGCGGCACCAGUGGCGACCUCCUACCGACUCCUGUCGACGACUACCCGGCGCCCAAGUCGGAGCCUGGCUCAGGAUCGCAAUCCCCGUUGCUGGCUGUUAGGAGUAUCAAGUAAGGCUGUGAUUUAACUUUAUGUUUACGUGGAAAAAGGUGCAUAGACUUUGUGCAGAUGUUUGAAAUGAAAAUUCCUCGCCGCGCCGAUUUACGCGCCGCGAACAUGAGCAAUUCACUUUUAAUCAGCUGAUGCCAAGCUUUUUAUAUCUGUAUCUUACAGUUUCUGUAAAAAUACAGACAUAAUCAGCAAAAAAUUGCAUGAUGCCAAGCUUUUUAUAUCUGUAUCUUACAGUUUCUGUAAAAAUACAGACAUAAUCAUCAUAAAAUUGCAUGAGCAAUUCACUUUUAAUCAGCUGAUGCCAAGCUUUUUAUAUCUGUAUCUUACAGUUUCUGUAAAAAUACAGACAUAAUCAGCAAAAAAUUGCAUGAUGCCAAGCUUUUUAUAUCUGUAUCUUACAGUUUCUGUAAAAAUACAGACAUAAUCAUCAUAAAAUUGCAUGAGCAAUUCACUUUUAAUCAGCUGAUGCCAAGCUUUUUAUAUCUGUAUCUUACAGUUUCUGUAAAAAUACAGACAUAAUCAGCUGAUUAAAAGUGAAUUGCUCAUGUUCGCGGCGCGUAUAUCUUUAUGCACCUUAAGAGGUACUGACACAAAAUUCUCAUGUGAAUAACUUCACAAACUUAGAAUAACACAAAUGUGUCAGUGUAUACAGGCUUUUUGACUUGGACGGUACAUACUGUGAGCAAAGUCUCUUCAUACAUUUGAACCAAUGUACCUAUAGUUAUUUGUGUAACUAGUGCGCAAAGUGACAGUUUGCUGCACCGAAAGAAACGUUUACGCCCGAGCCGUAGGCGAGGGCGGAAUGGUUUCUUGAGUGCAGCAGAGGAACUUUGCGCACG